ACCGAGGCCGGCCUGUCGAUAGCACCGGCGUUGUUUCGCUUAUCAGCACUUUUCGACUCCGAUCGACGGAGCCGAUGCCGAUAAGCCCGCGCGACACGCGUGGAAUUUUAUAUAAAGGAAAAAACUAAGUGGACGCUUCACUGGCCGCAAUUGUGGAUCGUCGCGUGAGAGAGAGUCACUCUCACCGGCGGACGUGACUAAUAAAUUAAUUAAGACAGUAAUGAAUUUUCAACCCUUUUAACUUUCAGUUAAAAGAAAAGAAUUAUUUAACCGCGUUAUAUAUAUAAUUUGCAACGCCGACACAACCAUAGUUAUUGGUGAAACUUCAGUCUGAUAAUAAAUCUGGACUUUCAAUGAUCAAGCCAUGUGACGUGAUUAAAUAGUAGAGUAUUUAAGUGACAGUUGAAAUUUGAUAAAUCGGUGACAAAACGAUCGCCGUGUGAUCGCAAACACAUUCGGCGAAAAGAAGUAGCAAGAAUGUAGCCGUGAAUGUGUCUCAAGGAUAAUGCCAUUUUUCUAGAGUGAAACAUUUUUACACUCUAUCCUGCAUCGACGCAAGAUCACUGAGAUAAUUGGCGGGGUCCAGGAACGGAAUCGUAAAGUCCGAGAGGCGUCAAAAGAAUUUGCUUUGGACAUGCGUUGGACGAAGAUAACAUGAGGUUCUCGUGCUUCCCGAGGGCCAACAUCCUCGGGCAGAGGGGUAGCAUUAAUCUCACCCCUCUGCCAGGCUACGAGGAAUCUACCAGCUUCACUAUAGGCGUCGUACGUCUUAUUAACAUACGUCCGUUACCUGGUACUUUACCCACACUAGCUGUAAAUGGCACUGCUCCAUCAUCGUCUGCAUCAUCCACAUCAUUCACGAAAGUCAUAGUGUCGUCUCCGCCAUCUGAUGCCAAUCAUGUCGAUCAUCUACCGCCACAUCGAGAAGAGUCCAGAUUAGAAGACGCGGCUGCUGUGAACAAUGGCGAACAACACGUGAAUAAUCCAAGGGGUGGCGUCAUCGGAAGAACACCGACGCCACCCUCGGCACCGACGCCCGUAUACGAGAAAGACGCCAGGAGUGCGAGGCAAAUUAAAAGGGCUAUUUUGGAGAAUGAAUUUCUGGGUAAUCUUGAAGAAAAUCAAGUGGAAGCACUCGUCUCUGCCAUGUAUCCCAAACAAAUACCCGCUAAUACUCUGGUUAUCCGAGAGGGCGAUAUAGGCUCGCACUUAUACGUAUCGGCGGAAGGAGAUUUCGACAUUUACGAAGGGAACAAAUUCCAAAGAAGUUUCGGACCAGGAGUUGCAUUCGGAGAAAUCGCUCUAUUAUACAAUACGAAAAGACUUCGAUCUAUUAGCGUAAAGAAAGCUGGUAAAGUAUGGGUGCUCGACAGAUCAGUAUUUUUAACUGUAAUGAUGAGAUCGGCUCAGGAACAGCUGGAGGGCAACAUCCGCUUCCUCCAACGCGUUUCCGUUCUUCAAAAACUUCCGGAACCCAAAGACCAUGUGCUCGCAAAGAUAUCCGAUCUCAUAAGAGUUGAAUUUUUCCAAGCUGGCACGAAAAUAUUGAAGCAGGGCGAGAAGGGUGAGAAGUUCUAUAUAAUCAGCGGCGGCAACGUACGUAUCACCAAAGACACCGAGUACGGAGGCGAGGAGGAACUGGUGGUCCUCGGCAAAGGAGAUUAUUUCGGCGAAUUGGCUCUCUACGACGAGGGUGAGCGACGUGCCAACGCGAUCGCGCUUGCACCUGGUGUCGAAUGCUUGACACUGGACAGAACGUCAUUCCUGAACUAUCUGGGCAGUCUGGAUGAGAUUCGUAACAAGGACUGGCUGGCGGAGUACGAGAAGCAAAAGCGUUCGUUGACCCCGAAGAAGUGGACCAAUGAGUAUGCAAGCUUAACCUUGAUCGACUUUGAGACGAGGGGAACAUUGGGAGUGGGUGGAUUCGGUCGUGUCGAACUGGUCACACUCAAGUCCGACCCGAAUAAGAGCUUCGCGUUGAAGAAACUCAAGAAGAAGGUCAUGGUCGAGCAGCAACAGCAAGAACACGUGCUGAACGAGAAACACAUUAUGCAAGCAUGCGAUUCUCCUUUCAUAUGCAAACUUUAUCAAACGUACAAGGACAACAAGUACGUCUAUUUCCUCAUGGAAGUGUGUCUCGGCGGAGACGUUUGGACGACCCUUCAAAGGAGGCGUAAUUUCGACGACGCCACUACACAGUUUAUGGUCGGCUGUGUAGUAGAAGCCCUCGAUCAUCUUCACUCACUAAAUAUCGUUUAUCGGGAUCUCAAACCGGAGAAUCUUAUGCUCGAUUCGCGCGGCUAUUUGAAACUAGUGGACUUUGGUUUUAGUAAGAAAAUCGGUCCGGCUAAAACGUGGACGUUUGCCGGUACGCCCGAGUACGUCGCACCGGAAAUUAUUUUGAAUAAAGGCCACGACAGGGCGGUGGAUUAUUGGGCCCUCGGCAUCCUAACGCACGAGCUCCUCGUUGGUAAGCCGCCUUUCCGAGGAUCCGAUCACAUGACGACUUACAACAAUAUUCUAAAAGGUAUCGAGAUGGUCGGUAUACCGAGCGUCGUCAACAAAAACGCUAAUAAUCUCAUCAAGAAGCUACUCCGUUUGAACGCCUCGGAACGAUUGGGUUACCAGCGAAACGGGAUACAGGACAUUCGCGAUCACAAAUGGUUUUCCGGAUUCAACUGGCAGGCUCUUCAAAGAUUGGCUCUACCGGCUCCCAUUGUACCAACGGUACGACAUCAGCUGGACACGCGAAACUUCGAAAGAUAUCCACCUGACCGCGAUAUUCCACCGGACGAAUUUUCCGGCUGGGACAUCGAAUUCUGAGAAUAAGUUCUCGUCGUAACGAAGAUACGGCAAUUAGACAAUACACAGUCUUUGCGCUAUAUAUAAAAAUGCAUUUGUUAAUUGUUUGUGUCUCUAUGGAAAUAUUAUGGCUCUUUUAUUAAUUGUUACCAAAAAAUUAUGACAAAGAUACUAAAAUAAUUGUAUCGAUACAAUUUCGAGAUGUAAAAACGGAUAGCUGCACCAUAGAUUAAGGUAUUUGUUAUUUGUUAAUAAUUACUUAGCAAUAAGUAGCCUUUAUCCAAAAAAUUUUUCAAAAAAAAA